UCGGCCGGGGAGGUCCGCGCCGCGAGGGUCCGCUGUCCAGCCGGGCGCGUCCGGGCCCAUGGGUCUCCAUGGCGACGGCGGGGCUCUCGCUGCCCGAGCCGGGCCGCGGCGUGCCGAGGGCCUCGGCGGCAGCGUGGCCGUGUUCGCCGCCGUGGCCGCCGUGUUCGCCCUCACGCUGCCCCGCUCGCUGCCCGGGGGAGACUCGGGGGAACUGAUCACAGCCGCACAUGAGCUUGGAGUUGCUCAUCCUCCGGGCUACCCUUUGUUCACACUGGCGGCUAGCCUGGCAAUCACACUCUUUCCAUUCGGUUCCAUCGCCUACCGGGUCAACCUUCUCUGUGCUCUAUUUGGAGCGGUAGCAGCUUCAUUCCUUUUUUUCACUGCUUUCAGGCUUUCUGGCUCACAUGCUGGAGGAAUCCUUGCUGCGGGGGUGUUUUCAUUUUCUCGCCUAACAUGGCAGUGGUCCAUUGCAGCCGAGGUUUUUAGUUUAAACAAUCUGUUUGUGGGGCUGCUCAUGGCGCUUACUGUGCGUUUUGAGGAGGCAGCAGCCGCAAAGGAGAGAUCAAAGAUAGCAGUCAUUGGUGCUUUCUCGUGUGGCCUCAGCUUGUGUAAUCAGCACACAAUAGUACUCUAUGUUUUGUGCCUAGUGCCCUGGAUUCUCUUCCGACUUCUCAAAGAGAAGGAACUCACCCUUAGCUCUCUGCUGAAGCUGACUCUGGCCUUUUGUGCUGGCCUGCUGCCCUAUGUCUACCUGCCUGUCUCAUCCUACCUCAGUCAUGCCCGCUGGACCUGGGGAGACCAGACGACCCUGCGCGGCUUUCUGACGCAUCUUCUCAGGGAAGAGUAUGGAACGUUCAGCCUGGCCAAAUCCGAAACAGGAUCGAGCGUGUCUACCAUACUGCUCUCACAAAUAAUAAAUAUGAAGACCGAACUUUCAUUCAACAUCCAAGCUCUUGCAGUUUGGGCAAAUAUAUGUUUAGCUAGAAAGGACAGACGGAAGUCUUCAAUAGUAUGGCUUUUCACUGGAAUGCUUUGCAUUUAUUCAUUAUUCUUUGCUUGGAGAGCAAAUUUAGAUAUUUCAAAACCACUUUUCAUGGGUGUGGUGGAACGAUUCUGGAUGCAGAGCAACGCAGUGGUGGCAGUUCUCGCUGGCCUUGGUUUGGCCACGCUUGUGUCUGAGACUAAACGAGUGCUGGGCUGCAGCGGGAUCCAGAAUAUGGAGUGGCUUUCAGCAACUCUUUUUGUUGCUUAUCAAAUAUACUCAAAUUACAGCAUUUGUGACCAAAGAAGCAAUAAUGUGAUUGAUCAGUUUGCACGAAAUCUUUUGGACUCCAUGCCUCAUGAUGCAAUCAUCUUACUCAGAGGAGAUUUGCCAGGGAAUUCUCUCCGUUACUUGCAUUACUGUGAGGGGUUGAGGCCAGAUGUUUCACUAGUGGAUCAAGAAAUGAUGACUUACGAGUGGUACUUACCCAAGAUGGCAAGGCAUUUGCCAGGAGUGCACUUUCCUGGGGACCGAUGGAACCCUGUGGAAGGAGUGUUACCCAGUGGAAUGGUCACAUUCAAUCUUUUUCACUUUCUUGAAAUGAAUAAACAAAAAGAAACGUUUGUUUGCAUAGGAAUUCAUGAAGGUGACCCAACUUGGAAAAAGGAAUAUUCACUUUGGCCAUGGGGAUCUUGUGACAAGUUAGUUUCUUCAAAGAUUGUAUUCAACCCGGAAGAAUGGAUUAAACGCACAAGAACUAUCUAUAACUGGACUGAGGAAUAUGGAAGAUUUGAUCCAUCUUCUUGGGAAUCCGUGGCCAAUGAGGAGAUGUGGCAAGCAAGGAUGAAAACACCGUUCUUCAUCUUUAGCCUGGCAGAGACUGCCGCGGUGCCUCCGGAUGUGAAGGCACGCCUCUACACUCAUGCAUACAAGCUUUAUAAGGAGAUAGUGUACUUGCAGGAGGGGCACCCAGUGAACUGGCACAAGAACUAUGCCAUCGCCUGUGAGCGGAUGCUGCGCCUGCCAGCGGGAGACGCAGAUGCCGAAGUCCUGCUGUCGGAAACCAUCAGACACUUUCGUCUCUACACUCAGAAAGCUCAGAGUGAUCCGCAGCGAGCGGACAUUGUAGCUGCUCUCAGGCACCUAAGAAGAGAACUGCGAAGUCUAAGAGAUACAAAAAAGGUCUGAGGCAGCCAAGUGUGGCAGCCCUGCUCACAGUGCUGCUUCAGACCCUUCUACAGUCCAAAGUUCUUCCUUCAAGUAAAGAAGCUGUGUCAAAAAAGGAGAAAUCUCAGUUCUCUCCUGGAUAUAAGUAUCAUGUACAGCAGAAACACGGUAGGGGCAGAAAUGGAUGCCUUAUGCAGAACUGUGUUUAUUUCCUACCGCCAAAUUAGCAUUUCCAUGAGAGACAUUCAAAACAUCUGCAGUCUCCACUGAGCGACUAACCGCAGGUUCUAGAUGAGAAGAAGAAACUGUCUCCACAGACCUAAAAUGUUGACUCUGAGUCCUUUAAGGUCCAUGCUUAUUGGAAUCCAUUUAAAAAGGUAAAUUCUUAAAAUACUCAUUCCAGACCAGAGGCAUUUUCUAUUUCCUGCAAGUGAGAUAGUUUCUAAAAACAAUUCUUGUUAUACCUUGUUAGAAGCCUUUCUUUCUUUUUUAACUAUAAUUGUUAUAUAUAUUAUCAAGUUUGUGUUUUUAAACUUCGAGUUUUAUUGUCAUAGUUCUGCAGUCACUGCAAAGGAACGCCAAUUUCAUAUUUGCUCAUUUCAGUUGCAGAAAUGGGCAAAUUAAAAGUCAUUUUAUAUGUCCUUCAUUAAUUUCAUAUUUAUGUUUCAGUUCUAUUUGGAUUCACAGGUCUAGACCCAGUAAUUAGUAAGUAGCUGCCUAGAUGCACAAAGGGGCAUGGGCAAGAGUGGGGGUGGGGAACUUGUUCAAUAAAUUCAUUUCUGUUACAGGCAUCUUUUAUACAUAUUACUAAAGAGAACAUAGCAAGAAAUGCAAAUAAUAAUAGUUCUUUAUUUUAUUAUGACAGUUAAUUAAUAGCAACCUGUUUUAAUGAAUAAAGUCACUCAGAGUCCUUCAGCACUUCCUAAGUAGAGGCCAGAAUCUGUAGGGAUUCUCACCCCCCUCCCCCCGAUUGUAUAGCUCCUAGACUCCAAGCACUAUAUAGGCCCCUGUAUAGAAAUGCUCACUAAUGAAGAGGGAGGGCUAGAAGCUUGUCUGCAUUCAAAGAUCACUGGUGAGUCAUUCAGCAAGAAAAGGCCCCUUACCAGGAAUAGUCACAGUUCCGUGGCAUUGUGCUAGCAAAAGGAUCUGAUCAAAGGUCUCCCGUGGAGCUUGCAUGGUUCCCUUUCAUACUACGACCAUAAUUAAAACCACUAAUUCUCUUUUAAAAUGCUGCAGGAUGCCAUGUAGGCAUCUGUCUGGAGUGUCCUUUGUGAUGUCAUAAGCUGUUAAGGACCAGCGCCGAGGGCUUUUGAGCGAAAUGCCAGUCAUGAAGGUGCUUCAAGACAAGGGUGCCUCUAAAAGCUUGACAGGGCCUUGACUGCACAAUUCGAGCUGAAUUUGCCCCUUGUCAGCUGCCAGUAAAUAAAUCUCAAAGGGGGAAAAGCUGAAGUUUCAUUACCUGAUCCAUGGGGCUUUGUUGGUUUUGGCAUCACACAGGGGAAGCUCUUGCUCCUCCAUUCUCUGGAUUUGAAGAUGUCCAUUGGAGCCUGCAGUGCCUGGACAGGGUUCAGAGCGGAACCGUUUGAAGAGUGUCAAUAGUUGUAACAGUUCAGCUGUUAGGAAGACAAAUACAUGGAGGAGCUCAUUAAUCCGCUUUUGGCUCUCGGUGCCUUUUGCCCUUUUAUCACAGCCUUAUUAGGCUCCAGCUCAUCUUGAACCAGAAAAAACUGAAUUGAAGUUGUUGAGUACUAAUUGGCAAAGACUUUUAAUCAUGGGCCAAGAACUUUCACUGACUUGAAAGUAACUUCUCCACAGGGAAGAGCCAGAAACCUGGUUCACCUUAAAACAAAAACCUGUUGGAGCUCAGUGUGGUGUGAAAAUUGAAGGAAGCAUCAAUAAAUUGUCUAAGUCUAUCCACUUGAGAAAAAUUAUGUAAGAUUAUCAUUUUCACUUUUCUGAGGGAAAAGGAAAAUAAAAUUCAGACAUUUCUUCAGAAAGCCUUUAUUGGUUCAGAAAAAAUGAGUUUGUGUGGUGACUGUUUCUGAACAGCCAUCUGUAUAUGUGACUUCAUCUGAGAAUCUACAUCCACAUGCAGUCUUUGUUAGAAGGAACACUUUCUAGCAGUAGUCUCACGAGUGGCAACCAAGCUAUCUUUGAGAACCUGCCUUUUAAAUGUGUGUCAGCAUGUAGGCAUGUCUGCUUCUGAGUGUGCUUUGCACAUGAGUAUUUGCAUAUAGCAUGGAGGGUACUUGAUAUUUGUCAGCAGUGACUUUAGACCACUCUUUUUGACAAAGCAAUAAUAUAGAAGGUGAGACCUAUAAAAUCACAACUAUUUCAACUCCUUAAAACCAUUGGUAAAUGAAAAAAUAUCAAAUGGAGCUAAGAUUUAAGGAUGGUUAGCCUUGGUUAGCCUUCAUUCCCCGAUCAGCUACUUUGAAGAAUCCUUUCCUUUCUCCCCGUAUAAAGCUAAAGUUGUUUUUCCUUGCUUUCUCUUACUUUUCCUUGGCUAGAGCAUAACAGCAUAAAAUCAGAUAAAGGGCUCCCUUCAGUGCAGCCUCCAAGGCUGAGGAGGGAGUGAGGAGAUGACUUCUCAUGCAGGAUUUGGCCAGCAUCCUCCUCAGUGUCCCUGGAGUGCUGUGGGUUGGCAGAUCUACAGGAACCCCACAAAGCCAACUUCUGCCUGGAGUUUAGCCUGAGGAGCAAGUGGGAGCUAGCAGAACUGGCUGUCUGUCCACACACUGCAAUGCCCUUCUGCCUGGGCCCUGAGGCCAGCCCACACCAGAGGGCUCAGGUUGAGGGCAUUGUGGCUUCCAUGUUCACUAGCAAAGCACCAAACACAUCCCACUUUCUCUGCUUCCUGUAGUGGAAACAUGUAUAGUUCCUGGUGUUUAUUUCCUCUUGUUUUGUAAAAGGACCUUUUAAAAUACAUGUAUUUUGUGCUGUUACUCAAGUUGUAGCCAUAAUAAAAGAAAAUUCAUUAUAAUGUACUCAAGAUUUUGAAAGCAUAGAGUUUGUAAAUGUUACUUUUCUCAUAUUCUCUGUGUUUUCUGAUGAUGAAGCGAUGAUGUUUAGCCAUUAAGAGAUUUAAUUAAAGCCAGUUUUGGGGUGAGAGGAGUUAGGUUAUUAUACUCUGCUAAUAACUUGGUGUCAUCAGAUUAGUAUAUGAAGAGUAGAUUUUUAUAUUUAUAUAUUAAAAGUUAAACAUUGUGACUCCUUAAUCAUGCUUCCCUUUAAUAUUUCAUCAUCAGUUAAAAUGAGUGCUUUUAAUAUUCAGGAAAAAACUUCAAUUUCAAAGGUUAAAAAGAAUGAAUCCUAUUACAGUAAAUCCUUUUGUUUUAUUUCUGAUAUAAUUUUACAAAUACACUAUCAUAGGGUAAUAAGAUUCUGAACUACUCAAGUGCUAUGGCUGGGUAAAGAAAAUAAUUCCAGACCCUAAGAGAUUCACACUAUUUCCAUUUACCCUCAAAUUCUGUUGUGAAUGCAAAACCAUUCUUAAGUUUAUACGCCAAACAAGUGAUGUUUCCAGGGAUGCUGGGAGCAUUAAAAGCCAAGAUCUUGGCACAGCCGUGCAGAGCAAACAAGGAGUGGAGGCUUAGCUGCGCCCAUGCUCGAUGAAGACGUCAUUGUCAGGACUCUCCCAAGGCCUGUUUGAUUUGGAUGAGCAUGGUUGAUGUCUUUCAAAGCUAAGGAGUAGUGCAGGGCGCUUACCUGGAUAUAGGGACGCAAACUGGCUGGAUAUAUCUUGAAAAGGUUGUUGUUUUGUUUUGCAGCAAAAAGAAAUAACUGCACCAAAGCAACAUGUGUUAGAAAGCUCAGCUCAUGCUGUUAAAAGGCAAGUGCUGCUUGGGGGGAGGACAGAGAGAGGCCCCAAGUCAUGAAUGUGAAGCCAGCAAUGGUUGGCCUCCACAGGGCAACGUGCUAGAAGAAUCAGGGUGCUGUGGCGGGAAACUGAUUCUCAGCCAAAAAGAUAUUUUGAAGAUACUUAAAAUUUUCAGUUGCUGAGAUUGCCUCAUUUCAAGAUAAUAGUCAGAAGACCAGCAUGUAGAUCAGAGGCUGCCCUCCCAGUGCUCAGCUUAGAUCAUCCAAACACUGACUCUUUUGUCCAUGUUUCAUUACACGAGGCUAUGGUAAAUCUUAAAUUCAGGUGUGGUUAAAAAAAUUUACAGAGAACUAAGCCCAAACCAGGAACCCAUAUUCUCCUAAUUUAGGUGUUUAGAAUUUGUUGUGUCUGGUGUUAAGAAGAAAAGUACAAUAGAUCAAAAUGUAAUGCAGCAAGACCCCUCCACUGAGCCACAUCCCAGCCCUGGAAUCAAGUCUUGUUGUUGGUUUAUGCUACAUAUUACAAUAUUCUGUGAGGAAAUAUUAUAAAAUGGAAAUUUAAAAUUUUCUUAACUAAAUGAAAUAUUUAUUCCAUUAUAUGGAUGAACCACCAGAAGUAGCCAUAAUAACUGUAGUUGUUGCUCAUCUGUGAAAGUGUGUGCUAAAAACUAAAGAGAUCACUGUUUGGGAAAUUAGACCAGAAUUUUAGCUCACUACCUAGAGCCUCAAGUACCCUGAAAAGACAGGAAUGGCCCAUGAUAUUAAAAUACCAAGUCUUGAUGAUUUUGAGGACCCAAAUCAUGAUGUUUUUGAAAGUACAAAGGAAGUCUUUUUUUUUUUGUUUUGUUUUGUUUAGUUUUGUUUUAGAAGAAGAAGAAGAGAAAAAAAUAUUUGGGACUAGAAAGAUGGCUCCAAAGGUAAAAGCAUUUGCUGAAGGAGUCUGGCAAAUGGAAUUUUGCCUUCUGACCUUGGCAGAUAUGGGUCUAAUCUAAAGUUCAGUUUCUCAGGGACUGUCCUUGGCAGCCUUUGCUGCGGGAUGUUCUAUUCCUGAGCACUAGAUAGCAAGCUCCGUGCAACGCUGGGAAGCAGACAGCAAAUUUUGUGUAACCUUGAGUGAAUCCUCGAACGCCUUGGCAGGUGACACAAAUGCUGUUAUCAUGAAAAGAUCUAUUUGUGUUUCUUUGCUUUGUAAGUGCUGCUUGUACCAACAGUAAACCGGGACCUUGA